AUGGACGGGACUUGUAUUUAUCUGACUAUUAUACUUCUUACACAAAUGUGUUUCACCCUCGGAAUGUUGAACCCUAUUCACGACAUAAAGAAGAUCGCUUCAAUCAUCAGAAUGACGACGACGAAGAGGAGAAGUUCUUACUUUAUUUGCAUUCUUGUAUACUUCUGCUCCAUCAUAUACUUGGGAAUGUAUAUCCCUCUGCAGAAUAUCCACAGACUCAUUUUUAGUGGCAGUUUCACAGAAUAUGAGAAGCUGUUACUUUUGAACAGGAUUGAAAGGAAUUACAUCAUUGCUGGAUUUUCCCUUUUCUUGGUAGUGGUGAUGUACGGUGUUAGGUCAUUAGUAACUUACACAGCUGAUUUAGCAGAUAUAACCGAAAGACAAGUUCCGUUGUUGUUUGAUAGGAAUAAUCCAAGGAAUGGAAAAAACAAUGCUAUUGGAGUGAGAGAAAACAUAUUGCCCGGAUUGCUUCGUGUGAAGAGAUCGAUAUCUUAUGAAACUAUUCUUUUCACUAAUGAGCUUCGAGAACAUUUGAAGGCUGUUAUCAAGAAUAUAGCACUUCCUCAGGGCAAUUGUACUCUGUCAAGCCUUUUGGAAACGAAUACUUUAAAACAGUUAACUUGUUGA